AUGGCUACAUCAAUUACAAAUGUCAAGUUAGCUCUUCUCUACAAACAUUGUCUGUUUGUCAACUGUGGGAAAGAGCACAUCAUUAUCCCUGCGACAACGCUCCAUGUACUGGAGUUGUAUGUAACAGCCCUGAGAUUGUAGCGGUCGGGGAAGAUGGAAGGAUCAUGCUCUUCAGAGCGGACCAGGAAGGAGUGCUGCACACCAUU